AUGAGAAACCAAACGGUGGAGUCGGUUUCGGGUCGGGCCGUCCAACUGGUUUACAUAGACGAGAUUGGGGAGUUGAAGACAGACCCGGAAGCCAUUGGCGCUCUUCAGAAGCUUAAGGGUCCUGUCGCUGUUGUCUCACUCUUCGGAAAUGCUCUCCAUGGCAAGAGCUUCAUCUGGAAUCAGCUUCUUAGCAGGAGCAUUGGAUUUGAAGUACAAAAUCUUCACAGACCAUGCACCGGAGAUAUAUGGAUGUGGAUUGAGCCGGUGAAGAGGAUUUCAGAAGAUGGCACUGAAUAUAAUUUAGUGUUACUCGAUGUCGAAGGGGCAGACUCUAAUGGUAUACCGGCUGCACACAACAGUCAGAUAUUCGCAUUGGCUAUCCUCUUAUCAAGCGUGUUUGUCUAUGGUCCGUCACUUGGUGUAAAGGACAUUGCACUUGAUCUCUCUCGUCUACUUGAGAUUAGCAAGCAUGGCCACGUUGAAGAAGCUAAGGACAAUACAUUUUCCGGGCUUGGGCAGUUCUCUCCCAUUUUUGUUCAACUUAUGACGGAUAUUAACUCAGAAACAGUGGAAGGUAGAGAAGAUGUAACUCAGAAUAACCAGCUCGAAAAGCUACGACCCCAGCUUGUCUACGGUGUAAAUGCUCUAGUGAAGUUUGUCUCUGAGAGAGUAAGGCCUAAGAAAAGAAGUGAAACCAUCGUCACAGGGCCGCCUCUUGCUGGUUUCACAAAGUCGUUUUCAGAAAAUGUUAACAACAACGUUGUGCCUAAGAUUUCUUCUUUAUGGCUGUCUGUAGAGGAAUUAGAAGGUCGCAGGGCCCGUGAUACAGCAACUGAGGUUUAUAUGUCAUCUUUGGAGCGUGUAGAGAGUCCUGAAGAAUCGAUGCUAGUCGAAGCACACAAUAAGGCGGUUGUCAAAGCUUUGACCGCGUUUUGUGAAUCUUCCAUUGGAAACGCUGAAGUAAAACAGAAAUACAAAAGAGAGCUUUGGAGUUUCUUUGCAAAGGCAUUUGAGGAUCACAAGCGAGUGGCAAAUAUUGAAGCGUAUUCGAGAUGUUGUAAUGCUAUAGAAGAUAUGGGCAAGAAACUAUGGGCAUUGCCUUGUUCUCAUGAGGCUAAUAUAGGCGAUAUGAUCAAGGCCCUUGAUACCGCUGUUGCGGAGUAUGAAGCAUCUAUCAAUGGUCCUAUGAAGUGGCAGACACUUUCUUCUUUUUUGAGGAAGAGUAUACAGGACAUUCUCGUCCAUCGCAGAGGGAAUCAAAUGGAUGAACUUCUUUCUGAGAACUCUAAACUCAAGCUGCAGCACCGUUCGAUGGAAAGCACGAGGGAUUUGCUAAAGAAACAACUUGAAGGAGGAGAGAAAAUGAGGAAGGAAUAUCAGAUGCGUUACGAGAGCGCCAUUGAUGAUAUGAACAAGCUCUCAGAUCAGUUUAAACACCGGAUUCAUGACCUGGAAAGCAAGUGUAAGUCGAUUCACAACGAACAUUCUAAUCUGAUGGAGGUGUUGGGGUCCACUAGACUAGAGGCAUCUGAGUGGAAACGGAAGUAUGAGGAGACAUUGGAUGAGAAUGGUGUGAGCAGCAACAAUGGAGCAGGAAUGAAUGCGUCGAUCACUAGGUGCAGUACGUCAAUCGAUUGGAAAAUUAAAUAUGAGAAUACAGUUAGUGAGCGAAAAGCUGUUUCGGAGACGGCAAUGGAGGAGAAGUUGAAGCAAACUUCAGCCACGGAAGAUGGCAUGAGAGCUGAAUUCUCCCGUGUUUUGGAUGAGAAGGAGAAGGUAAUCGCAGAGAAAUGUGCAAAGCUUGCGACUUUGGAGCAGCAAUUGGUCUCUAUGCGGUCAGAAUUAAAGAAAGGCAAGUUGAAAGUGGACGAAUGUUCUUUGGAAGCAAAAGACUUGAGGCUUCAAAUCUCGGCUCUGAAUGAGAAGUAUGAGUCUGUGAAAUCCGCAGCUGCAUUGCUUGAAACUGAAACACAGACUCUGAGGGAAGAGAAAGAUGAGUUAGAGAAGAAGUAUAUUUCGCAUACGAAGGAACUUGAAGCAAUCUGUUUGAAGCUGAAGAAUGCAGAAAACGAGGCUUCAUCGGCUAAUAAACUUGUGGAUUCGUUGAGAAUGGAAGCUGAAGCAUCCCGAAACAAUGAGAACAAACUCCAGGCGUCACUGCUGGAGAAGAGCUUUGAAAUUGACCAAACUAAGAGCCGUAUAGAAGAGCUUGAGAAAGUCUGCUCGAAGCUCGAGAGUGGUGAAAGCGAAGCUUCUUCAGCAUCUAAGAAACUUGUGGAUUCGAUGAAAAGGGAAGCGGAAGCCUUCCGUAUGAAUGUGAGCGAACUCCGAACAUCGUUGCAGGAGAAAUGCAUUGAAAUCGAUCGAGCUAAGAGCCGCAUUGAAGAGCUUAAAAAUAUCUGCGUGAAGCUAAAAUAUUCGGAAACAGAGGCUGCAGCAGCCAAGGAACUAGUGAGAUCGAUGGAAACGGAAGUGGAAUCAGCCAAAAGCAACGAACACAAACUCCAGACGUUGUUGCAGGAAAAAAGCAUUGAAAAUGAGAGAGCUAAGGGCCGAAUUGAGGAUCUGGAGAGACAGAAGACGGAGCUCUCUGUAACGUUGGAGACAAGAGCGAAACAAAACGAAGAAGCUGUUGCUGAAUGGCAGAGAAUCAUCAAUGCCGAGAAGGAGAAGAACACGAGGGUGAGUUUGAUGCAGCGAGAACACUCUUUCAUGGUUCCGGAUGAAACAACACCGAUGCAGCAGCAUGUGAAGCGUUUGAAAGUAGAAGCAAGUGUAACCUGUUCAGGCUCGGAUUUCGGGCAAGAGACUGAAGAAGAAGAUACAGUUUCACAAGAGAGCGGGAGAGGUAUGAUUGCGAUGACCCCAAGAAGAUGCACGAGCACUGGAGGUGGAGCGUCUUCUUCUUCCACAGGGAUGGAUCAUUCGAAAUACACAAUGAAGAAGCUGAGAGAGGAGAUACUGAAUCACGGGUUUGGAGCUGAGCUGGUUGGGUUAAAGAAUCCGAGGAAGAGAGUGUUGGUUGAGCUCUACGAACGUGUUGAAGCUAGGGAAGGUAAGCUCUUCUUUAGCAAGUUCACUCACUUAAAUCGCCCUAAUACCAAAGAGGUAGCUCUAACUCCAGCUCCCGCUCCGGGCCUAGCCGAAAGCAAUGGAAGACUCGGUGAUGGGCCUUUCGGGCCAGGUUCCGGUAUGGUUCCUCAAAGCAAAGAGUCAUGGCCGGUUUCAUCUACAACCACAGACGAAGAAUUUGAGAAACUGAUGGCUACAUUUGACGAAGAAAAGAAGAAGAACAACUUACCGGAGGAGUUCGAGGAGGAAGAAGAGUCCGAGGAUUCGGAAGAUCUCAAUGGGGAAAAGGAUAAGUAUAACAACAACAAUAAUGGAUACAGUUACACUACUAAGAGCAAUUAUAAUGAUAAUAGGAGAGGCUACGGUAAUGAAGAAGAGAGACAAGGGAUGAGUGAUACGAGGUUUAUGGAGAACGGUAAGUACUUCUACGACACAAGAGGUCGAAACUCCGAAUACGUCUCUCAUAGUCGUGGGUAUGAGAGAAAUGAUCAUCCCAACGAGUUUGAAACUAUGGAGGAAUACUACAAGAGCUUGGAAGGUACUCAAGAGGAGUACCAGCCUUAA